AUGGAACGGUACCAAAACGGGCUUCCUCCGCGAAAGCUGUUCUACGUGGGUGAACGAUCGUCCUCUUCCUCGGCGUCGGAUAGUAGCAGCCCGAGCACGAGCACCACAAGCUGCGAUACGGAAACCAGCAGCAGCUCCAGCCUCGAGGUGGCCUACGUCAACGGUCACGGUGGCGGCAGCGGCAACAGCAGCACCAGCAGCAGUUCCAGCCUUCCGAUCGCGGACGUUAAUCUGCUCUACAGCAGCUCGUCGACGUUUUCGUCCUUAACGCCGGAACCCAUCCCGGUUAGUGCGCAGCUUCUGUGCUCCAGCAACAGUGCUUCCUCGCGGGCGUCAAUUUCGUCCCUCGUCACGUCGAUCUCGUACAUGUCGUUUGGGUUUCGUUGGGCGCAGCGUGUUCUCGUUCGAUCCGCGUCGGUUCCAGCGCUGCGAAGCGUUGAUACGCCCGGUGGUGCUGCUCGGUACGCGGAGGUGCACGAUCCGAUACGGCCGGUGUAUCGCGAGGUGAACAUGGGCCAGGACGAUAUUCCGCGACCGGCCGAGGGUUUGGAGGCUGAGAUUCAGCGUCCGGAAUUGAUGGAGCUUGGUGCGAUGGAGGGGGAGCAGAGUGACCAUAGUGAGGAGGUGGAGGAGCUCGAUUUGAACGCUGAUUGUGUGCCGGUAGCGGUGAUGGAGAAUAACUUUGGGGUGCUGCCUCGUUACGGUGCGGGUAGGCGGUAUAGUACGGAUGAGGAGAUGCAAUCGUUUGGGGGAAGUGAGCGUGAUGGGACGGAACCGGUGGAUGAUGGGGAACCACCACCCCCGUACGAUGAGAUAGAGUUUGAUGGUGGUCCGGUACUACCACCGAGGUAUGAGGACUUGGAGCUGGCGGGUGCCGGCACUCCACAGGUGUCUGAGGAGGAGCAGGAGCAAGAAGAUCCGGAAGAUGUUGAGAUGUCUGAGGAAGAUCAGUCGGGAGACGAUCAGUCAGAUCCUGAUGAGUCAGAUGAAGAGCAGGCCGAUCGCGACUACUCAGAUCCAGAGUCGGCUGAUCGCGACUUCUCAGAUUCAGAGUUAUCCGAUUAUGAUACGUCACCGUGGUACGAUGAUUUUUGGGAACAGCAGUAUCGUGAAGCCGAUACUGCGGAGGAUGAGCAGCCUGAUGAUAACUCUCUGCAGGAGUCGGAAGAAAAUCAGGAGCAGGAGCGUCAAGGAUCAGAUGCUUCAGAGGAAGACCAAGCUGAACCUGACUGUUCAGUGCCAGAGCAGGCUGAUCGUGGCUUCUCAGAGUCAGAGGCAACUGAUGAUGACCCACCGACGUACGAAGAGUAUGAGGAACAGGAGCGUCAAGGAUCAGAUGCUUCGGAGGAUGAGCAGGCUGAUCGCGACUACUCAGAUCCAGAGUCGGCUGAUCGCGACUUCUCAGAUUCAGAGUUAUCUGAUUAUGAUACGUCACCGUGGUACGAUGAUUUUUGGGAACAGCAGUAUCGUGAAGCCGAUACUGCGGAGGAUGAGCAGCCUGAUGAUAACUCUCUGCAGGAGUCGGAAGAAAAUCAGGAGCAGGAGCGUCAAGGAUCAGAUGCUUCAGAGGAAGAGCAGGCUGAACCUGACUCUUCAGUGUCAGAGCAGGCUAAUCCUGACACUUCAGUGCCAGAGCAGGCAGAUCGUGGCUUCUCAGAGUCAGAGGCAUCUGCUGAUGACCCACCGACGUACGAGGAGUAUGAGGAACAGGAGCGUCAAGGAUCAGAUGCUUCGGAGGAUGAGCAGGCUGAUCGCGACUACUCAGAUCCAGAGUCGGCUGAUCGCGACUUGUCAGAUUCAGAGUUAUCUGAUUAUGAUACGUCACCGUGGUACGAUGAUUUUUGGGAACAGGAGUAUCGUGAAGCCGAUACUGCGGAGGAUGAGCAGCCUGAUGAUAACUCUCUGCAGGAGUCGGAAGAGAAUCAGGAGCAGGAGCGUCAAGGAUCAGAUGCUUCAGAGGAAGACCAGGCUGAACCUGACUCUUCAGUGCCAGAGCAGGCUGAUCGUGGUUUCUCAGACCCAGAGCAGGCUGAUCGCGACUUCUUAGAGUCAGAGGCAUCUGAUGAUGAUGCUCCACCGAUGUACGAAGAGUAUGAGGAACAGGAGCGUUAUGAAGCCGAGGCUUCAGAGUAUGAGCAAGCUGAUCGUGGCUUCUCAGGCUCAGAACAGGCUGAUCCUGACUCUACAAUGCCAGAGCAGGCUGAUCGUGGCUUCCCAGACCCAGAGCAGGCUGAUCGCGACUUCUCAGAGCCAGAGGCAUCUGAUGAUGAUGCCCCACCGAUGUACGAAGAGUAUGAGGAACAGGAGCGUUAUGAAGCCGAGGCUUCAGAGGAUGAGCAAUCUGAUCGUGACAUUUCUGAGCCAGAGCAGACGACUGAUGAGGAGUAUCGCGAAGUGUAUGAGGCUGAUCGGAGGAUAAGAGAGUACUUCAUGUUACUGGACGACAACUGUGCCGGUACUUCUAAGGAAACUAAGCGCUCAUCACUGAAAGUGAUUGGUGACGAGACUUACCCAUCAGAGGAUGAUUCCGACGACGAUGAAGACGACGACGACUUUAAUGACGAAGAGAUCGUCUAUCCACCGUUCAGUUGCGAGCCGAUCUCGGCUGGGUUUGAGAAACGGCGCAAGUUGAAGUACUUCCUCCGUCGGCAUCGUUAA